AUCACUUCCGUUAGACAGCCAGUCUAGGGAGGUGGUCCAAAACAAGGCAAUUUACAGAUGCCUGUUACACACAUCAGUGACUGCAUUGACAGAGCUAAUGGGAAUCUCUUUUUCCGAGAGCCCAAUGGCAAACGAUUCACAUGCUGAAUCUCACCUGUGCCAAACAUCCACUACAAGUGUAGUUCUGCCCAUUAUCUAUACUAUCAUGUCUAUCACUGGCCUUCCAGGGAAUGCUAUUUCUCUCUGGGUGUUCAUACACAAAAUUGCCAUCAAAACGUCCACUCACAUCUACCUGAUAAAUCUAGGGAUCUCAAACUUGCUGCUCUGCCUCAUCAUGCCAUUCCAGGCCACAUACUACUCACUUGGGACCAAAUGGCACCAGCACGACACCAUGUGUCAAAUGGCAAUAAAUGGUCUAACUCCAGUGAUCCACAUCAACAUCUGCACUGGCGUCAUGAUAUUGAGCUGGGUGGCGCUCAGUCGCUUCGCCUCACUGAUUCAACACUCCCAUGCUGACCGUCCAAGCCGGUGGCUCAAAGUUCUACCAGGUGCCUUCCUCUGCCGAAAACGACAUGCGAAACUGGCCUAUGCGCUGUGCAUGGUCACCUGGGCCAUUGUAGCCAUAGCGGUCACAUCCUUUGUGGUGCUGUACUCGAUCAGGGAGGUUAGGAGUGUGGAUGACGGCGACAGAGAUGAAGCGUGUUACAGCGUAGCAGUGGAGGUUGGUGGGGAAGGAUCUCAUAUCUUCGCGUUAGUGGCUGUUUCACUGUUCUUUGUCUUCUUCCUGUUGGUCUUAUGCGCUUACAUGGCAGUGAUCAGGCACAUCUGGAGGUCCAGGAGAAGCACGGUCAUCUCAGACAGCCAGCGAGUCUAUGCAAGAGUGUUUCGGAAUAUUGUUGUCAUUAUGGUGGUGCUGGUGGUCUGUCUCCUGCCGCACCACAUCUACAAAGCCAUCUUCGUUCAUAUCGUCAACAAGCAGUCUUGGUCUGCAUCACCUCCAAAAGAUGCUUGCCAUCCACUGUCCAUGUAUGUGGAGGUGAAGAGCAUCCUGCUCUGUUUAGCAACUCUACGAUGUAGCACAGACCCCAUCAUGUACUUUCUGCUGGACAAGACGUUUCGUAAUCAUGCGCUUAACCUAGAGAUUACGCGCUAGCGCAAAUGAUAGUCAGUCAUCAAAGUCUAACAUGGGACAGUUAUCUCAGGCAACAAGUGCGUGCCUUUAGACAUUACUUGAGAGGAAACUGUACACUGACACAAAGGAGUCUCAUUGUGAGAAAAAUGUUGUGUGGACGCACACACAAACAUAAGAAAGCGAGAAACUUCACAAACCAGAGCUAAAUAAAUGGGCAUUUCUUUAACUGGAUUACUUCCACAUGUCCAUUGUUCUUCAGUAUGGAUGUGAAGCUGUGAGAAGUCUUGUGUUAAAUGACGCAGUGCUAAGAAAUGCUUUAUAAAAGAGGAUGUGUGAAGAGGCACACAGCGGAACCCAAUGUAAACAAGUAUUUUGCAAGUUGCAAGUCCCUAUAAAGUAACCAGAUGUUUUGAAAAGCAGCUACAAGUCAGACUGAUGCUUCCGUUCCCACACCACUUAGAAUCGCUGGAGCAAAUAGAUAGUUUAGCAUCAAUUACUAGUUCAUCAAUUACUCAUUCCCCUGUCAUUCUAAACAUCGAUGACUUUCUUUCUUCUUUAGUGUCAGUGGUUUUUUUUUUCUCAGUGUCUAUUUUUUGUCUUGCACAAAGUCAGCAUGAAAUGGACAUUCACCAAUUCUUCAAUCAUUUAGUCCACUUAAAACCUGCCUCUUUCUUACAUUUGACUAGAAACUUGCUUCCAAUCCCAAACCAUUGAUUUGAAGCAAGUCCCUGUACUAAAUUUUUCCUUCUUUGAUAAGCUUUUUCAUUUAGACAUAUGAUAUGGAAGAAAAGGUAUGUUGCCACUUCUGUUUCAUAACAACUUUAAAAAAGCCACACACAUUCGGAAUGACAUGGGGUGGGUAAAUGACAUUUUUUUUUAAUGAUGUAAUUUCUCACAUUUUCAGCAUGUGUCAUUUUUACUUUUAAUGACUAUAUUAAUUUCAGGUUGUUUUUCAAAUAUGUUAUUGUUACAGGUCUUGCAGGGCUGCUUGUUUGCUUUUUUGUUACAUUACAUUUACCCACUUUCCGGUUUCUAUUUGCAUGCUGGUUACUGUGGUAAAUGUAAUGAGCUUUCCAUUACUGUAGUUGUGUAAACAAAGUAUGUGUGCUUGCAAAUGGUGCUUUUACUUUUUUGCAGCACACUCAUAUGGCUACGUUUCUAAUGACAGCAGCAUUAAAGGCCAUUACUUUACAGACAGUAAAUAUUACAGUCUGUCAGGAGCUUCAACGUGUGCAUCAUUACUCCUAUAAAAUAGCAAGAUUAUAGUUACCUAUUUUGCUUUUUCAUUGUCAUUCUAAUCUCAGCCAGAUAGCUAGCUCGAUAAAGCCAUUUCGUCAGAAUAUAGUCAGUCAAAUUAAAAGGCAAAUCUUAGUCUCAGUGUAUCCAGACAGAAAACGUAAAAAGUUGCUUUGUGAAGUAUCACAUCAUUGGAGCAUUUACUAAACAUACAAAGCAAUUGACGAAGAACAAUAUUAAUGUAUGAGUAAGAUCAUAAAAGUGAAAUCUUUCUUCCUCCAUUCCUUGAUGAAUAAAGUUCAAAAGAAUACAAUUUAUUAGAAAUAGAAAUUAUUUGUAACAUUAUACGUCUUUGUUACUUUUGAUCAAUAUAAUGCAUCCUUUCAGCAUUAAUUUCUUUUAAAAAAAUACUAAAAAAAUUACAGGUGAAGACUGGGUGACAGGAGAAAAUUAUGAUUCACAGACCUUUGUCAUCAAGAUCAUCUUUGUUCUAAUAAGAUCUGAUUGCCCUGAGGCUGGUGAUGGUAGAUUUGCAUUUCACUGAGGCAAAUGCAAAUGCUUAAUUUUCUCUUGCAAAUCACAUAUACAGUAUAAAUCUAGAUACAUAACGCGAGUAAAAUCCACAAUACUGAUACUACUCGUAACACACUUUGUCUAAAGUUUACUAAAGUUUGUGUUUGCAUUUAUUGAACACAGCUCCGAGACAGAAUAAGUAAGAUCCAACAAUUAAGUCUGAUCAAUGCCAAAUAUUAUUUCUCAGUCAAGAACGUUUUGAGCAGUAAAAAUAAAUUUAGCAAAGUAUUUUAUUCUCAUGUUUAACUUUUUUAAUUUUGUCACAUUUCUUUCAGAAGUUUUGUUACUGUACAUGUUUGAGGUUUGUAUUCAAAAGCCUGUUACAUGUUUAACAAAUUCAAACACUGAGAAUAAAGUUUUUUUUUUUUUAAACUUCAUUGUAAGUAAAGCAAAUGUCCUGGCUUGAUUAUUUUUAUUAGCAUAGAAGCAUAUAUAUCACUUUUUUCAUUAGUAACUGUAAGCAUGGGCGAUUGUUGAUGUUUUCUAUAGUUCUAGGUUGUGAUUUCAGCUCUUUCUGUAAGCAACUGAUCGUCAGCACUUUAUAAUAGUUUCCUGUUUAAUUUCCUUGUAUUGACAGCUGAAGGCUAUUUAUGAGAAAAGAGAACAGCCCAGUUUAUUCUUUCAGCGUGAUGGUAGGAUGGUACCAUACGAUAGAAGGGGGAAGUUGCAAAAAUGUGAAAACCGCUAAGACAUAUCAAUGUGUCAGCAGUCAUCCAAAGCACUAGACACCACUGA